AUGGCAUUAACUUCCUCGACUCUGGCAUUCUUGACAUCAUUCCUUUGCCUGUGUACGUUUUGUGUUAAUGCAGUCAUUCACAAGGAAUUUUUGCAUACAGGACAAUCAAUGGGAACCUCAGACUCCGUUGUUUCUUAUAACGGGAAGUUCGAAUUGUGCUUUUUCACCAGAGUCAGAGAUAACUCAACCAAGUACUACGUUGGUAUACGGUAUAACAGGGCCCCAAACGACAGGAACAAGAUUGUGUGGGUUGCUAACCGUUACUACGCAUUUCAAGCACCAUCAGCAGUUCUUACCAUUCAAGAUGGAAAUUUGGUGAUCAAAGAUGGACAAUUUAUAUACAGUGUCAACAAGGUUUCAAACAAUAUCAGUAUCUAUGCCAUGCUCUUGGAUUCAGGAAACUUGAUACUGCUGAAAACCUCAAAUAAACAGAUUUUUUGGCAGAGUUUUGAUUAUCCAACGGACACCCUUUUACCCAUUAUGAAACUAGGAGAUGAAUAUGAUGCAGGAAGCAAUUUUUCAUUGCGAAACACUUGGUCAUUGCGAUCAUGGACAAGUGCAGAUGACCCUGCACCUGGAGCUUUUUCCCUUCAGUAUGAUUCCGGCAGGUUCAACCUAAUCAUCAACAAUGGUUCUAAUGUUUCCUGGAUUGACGACAGGUACAACGAUACUAUUGGCAAAGUUUUUGGACAAACCGGUGUGUAUACGAACAGCUAUUUCACUUUGCCAGUUGUUAAUGACUCUAGGCUGGUACUAGAAGUGUCCGGUGAGCUCAACCAGGAGUAUUGGUCUGACGAAAAACAAGUUUGGAUUUCUAGUCAGUCGACGAAGUGUGCUAACAAUUUGUGUGGAGCCUUUUCCAUCUGUAACCCGAAAGCUCUUCGCCCUUGUGACUGUCUUUAUGGUUUCAGGCCCUCUGAUACUGAUUCUUGGAACAAUGGGAAGAAAUCCGCUGGCUGUGUAAGGAACAAAGGCUUAUCUUACUGCAGUAACAGUGUUAAAUCCAACGAUAAAUUCAAGCAACUUUAUUAUGUGAAAUCACCAACUUUGGACAGUCUCACGAAAAUCAAUACAACAACAACAAGAGAGUGUGAAAGUACUUGUUCUAGAAAUUGUUCUUGCGUUGCUUACGCUUACUAUGUGAACGGAGAUUGCCAGUUGUGGCUUGGUUCGGUAUUGAACCUAAAGAACGUCUCAACAGAUGUAGCCAAUUCUGAUGAUAGCAAUCCAAUUUUUUACCUAAGACUUGCUGCCGUGGAAGUCGAUACUUUGGAUUCGAACACAACAAGAGAAAAAGAAUCACGACAUACUUCUGUGAGCAAGAUCCUACUUCUGAUUGUUAUAUUGAUCUCCUUUGUAGCGUUUCUUAUAUUGGGCCUUUUAGUUUACUGGAUUAGAAAGAAGAGGAGAAAAGGGGAAGAUUUGCUCCAUUUUGAUAUAAGAAUGAGCAUGAAAGUUGAAGAUUCUGAGCUUACUGAAUCAGAUAGGAGUGCCAAAGUGAAGAAGGAAGUCAAAUUGCCUUUAUUCAGUUUCGAGAGUGUUGCAGCUGCAACUAAUAAUUUCUCAGAUGCAAAUAAACUUGGUGAGGGAGGCUUUGGACCCGUUUACAAGGGUACAUUAUUUAAUGGGGAUGAGGUUGCUGUGAAAAGACUGUCACGGAGAUCUGGUCAAGGAUGGGAAGAGUUGAGAAAUGAAGCUGUGUUAAUUGCAAAACUCCAACACAACAAUCUUGUUAGACUUCUUGGUUGCUGCAUUGAUCAAAAUGAAAAGAUGCUGAUUUAUGAAUUUAUGCCUAAUAAAAGCUUGGAUCUUUUCCUUUUUGAUGCAACAAAGAAACAGAUGCUAGAUUGGGGAACAAGAGUCAGAAUAAUUGAUGGGAUUGCCCAAGGAAUUCUUUAUCUUCAUCAAUAUUCAAGGUUUAGGAUCAUUCACCGAGAUUUAAAAGCUAGCAACAUAUUGUUGGACAGCCAUAUGAAUCCCAAAAUAUCAGAUUUUGGAUUGGCAAAAAUAUUUGGUGAUAAUGAGCUUCAAGCAAAUACAAACCGAAUAGUUGGAACAUAUGGUUACAUGGCUCCUAAAUAUGCUGUAGAAGGACUCUUCUCAGUAAAAUCGGACGUGUUUAGUUUUGGGGUCCUUUUGUUGGAGAUUGUAAGUGGCAAGAAGAAUACUGGCUUUUAUCAGACGAAUUCCUUCAAUCUUCUUGGAUAUGCUUGGGAUCUUUGGACAAGAAAUUCAGGACUGGAUCUAAUGGAUAGUGCAUUAGAUGACAGUGAUACUUUAAGUAAUAACAGUCUGCAUACUGUGCCAAGAUAUGUGAACAUUGGACUUCUUUGCGUUCAAGAAAGUCCAAAAGAUAGGCCAACCAUGUCUGAUGUUGUAUCAAUGAUUGGGAAUGACACUGUGCUUCUUCCUUCUCCUAAACCACCUGCAUUUCUAAAGGUAAGAGGUGAUUAUAGUUCAACAUUGCCCUCCUCCACCACAGAAAGAUUUUCAGUUAAUGUUAUCACAAAUACAACUCUGGAAGCAAGAUGAGUGACUAUAAAAUCCUAUUCCUUGUUCUUGGAUUAGACAACAGCUCUUUUCUAUUGAAAGUUUUCUGUAUCAAUUUCUACUUCCCUUAUAUAUUAACCACGAAAUCAGGUUAUAAAAAACUGAGUCUGAGUCAAACAGUUAAGUGAUUAUUAAAAAGAUAAUCAUACUUUGAAAACA